UCAUUGUUGAAUGGUCAGGAGGUGUGUGAAUGUGUUCAUCUUUACUGAGGAGGGGCUGUAUGUGCGCAGGAGUGUGUGUGAGUGUGUAUUCGUGUGCGUGUGUGCAGAACUGUGUUUUAAAACAGCAUUGUUCCUGAUAGAGGGAAAGCUGUGCGGUGCUGUUUGGAAAAUCCAAGGUCAUUUGAGCCUAGUCACAUGCGCCGUAUGAGAGCUUGCAUGUGUGACUGAGUGUCCGUGAGCGUGUGUGUUUCUCUCUCUCCCUCUCUCCCUGGCUAUGUGAUAGAGAAAGAGGCUUCAGGCAAAGAACACAGAAUUUCAUCAGGUUUUCCAUCAAUGUACGGUGUUUGUGGAUGCUGUGGGGCCCUGAGACCCCGUUAUAAGAGGCUGGUGGAUAACAUCUUUCCUGAGGACCCUGAGGACGGUUUGGUGAAAGCUAACAUGGAGAAGCUUACUUUUUACGCCUUGUCUGCUCCGGAGAAACUAGACCGUAUCGGUGCCUACCUGUCAGAGAGACUGUCCAGAGACGUUGCCCGGCAUAGAUAUGGGUAUGUUUGUAUUGCGAUGGAGGCAUUGGACCAGCUGCUGAUGGCCUGUCACUGUCAGAGUAUAAACCUUUUUGUGGAAAGUUUCCUUACUAUGGUGCGCAAGCUGCUGGAAGCAGACAAACCCAAUUUACAGAUUCUGGGCACUAACUCAUUUGUGAAGUUUGCGAACAUAGAGGAGGACACGGCAUCAUACCAUCGUAGCUACGAUUUCUUUGUGUCCCGCUUCAGUGAGAUGUGCCACUCCAGCUAUGAGGAUCCUGAUAUUCGCACAAAGAUUCGUAUGGCAGGAAUCAGGGGUCUUCAGGGGGUCGUGAGGAAAACUGUCAAUGAUGAACUGCAGGCAAAUAUUUGGGACCCUCAACACAUGGACAAAAUCGUGCCAUCUCUCUUGUUCAACCUCCAACAGGAAGAAGCCAUAGAGAGGUCUCCUUCUCCAGAGACAGAGAAGGAGAAGGAGAGUCCAGUGGAACUGACAGAGAGAUGCUUUCGAGAGCUGCUAGGACGAGCGGCCUACGACAACAUCAAGAACGCUGUGAAGCCUGUGCUCAUGCAUCUUGAUAACCAUUCACUCUGGGAGAGCAAAACAUUUGCAGUGCGCUGUUUCAAAAUCAUUAUGUACUCUAUACAGUCCCAACAUUCACAUCUGGUGAUUCAGCAGCUGUUGGGCCAUUUGGAUGCCAACAGUAAGAGUUCAGCCCGAGUGCGUGCUGGGAUAGUGGAGGUGAUCUCAGAGGCAGCUGUCAUAGAGGCCAGCGGAUCCAUAGGACCCACAGUACUGGAAGUGUUUAAUACUCUACUGAAGCAGCUCAGGCUCAGUGUGGACUACGAGCUCACAGGAUCCUACGACUCUUUUGCAAACCUGGGCUCCAAGGUCAUUAAAGUACACGAGGAGAGACAACUCCAAGAAGCUGUCAUCAAAACUAUUGGCACAUUUGCAAACACACUGCCCACCUACCAACGCUCAGAAGUCAUGCUGUUCAUCAUUGGUAAAAUUCCUGUGCCAGGCAUGUAUCCAGCUCUGGGGUCGGCCAACACCGGGGUUGAGGGCAGCAGGAUGAUCCAGAUUAUGCUGCUAAAGUCUCUGCUGCAGGUAACAGCAGGAUUCCAGUCUACAAACAUUUUGACGGCACUUCCCACCUCAUUCCUGGACCCGCUCUUGUCCUUCACGCUGAUGGAGGACGCAGAGAUCCGUCUACUUGUUCUUGACAUCCUCAUCAGCAUCAUUGAUCGCCAUGACAACCGGCACAAGUUCUCCCCUGUCAGAAUUAUCUCAGAUAUCUCAGUACUGAAGUUGAAAUUAGACAAGUGCUCAAGGCAGGAUAACCUGUUCAUGAAGAAACACAGCCAGAGGCUGUACCGCCACAUUUACCUGGCCUGCAAAGAGGAGAGCAGCGUCCAGCGGCACUUUGAGUCUCUGUAUACACUGCUGGGCUUGAUCUGUGUGGAGCUGGCCAAUGAGGAGGUGGUGGUGGACCUGAUCCGACUGGCUUUGGCAUUACAGGACCUGGCCUUGACUGAAGAGGCUCUUCCUUCAUACAACCGCUGUGCCAUCCACGCUCUGUCAGCUGUGUACCUGAACCUCAUCAGUCAGCUGACCACCGUGCCCACCUUCUGCCAACACGUCCACGAGGUGAUUGCAUCGAGAAAGAAAUCUGUCCCUUUCCUGCUGCCAGAGGAUGUUCUUGUUGAGAGCUCAAAGAUCCCAGAGAAGCUGGAGAAGGUGGAGGGAGAGGUGCUGUUUUUGCAGGCUAAGAUAGCAGAGAUGCUGGGUGGCAGUGGAUACAACACAGAGAGACUGGCCACUCCAUACAUCCCACAGAUCACAGAUGAAGACAGACUGUCUAAGAGGAAGAGUAUUGGAGACACCAUUUCCCUGCAGUUAGAGAUGGAGUCUAGAAACAGUCCAGAGAAAGAGCAGAGAUCCACAGCAGAGCAGAUAACAUUUGAAACUCUUAAACAAGCCAUUGGAGACAGCGUGAAUGUGGAGGAGCUGGAGAGAGAGCGCAGAAGGCUGGUUGUGGAGAGGUUUCAGACCGCCCCGUUUGAGGAGAUAGCAGCCCACUGCGGGGCGAGGGCUUCCCUGUUGCAGAGUAAACUCAACCAAGUCUUCGAAAUCACAAUCAGGCCUCCACCGAGUCCGUCUGGCUCUGUUGGGAAUGGUCACGGCCGGAGCCACUCCAUACCAGUCUAUGAAAUGAAGUUUCCAGACCUCUGUGUAUAUUGAGAGACCCCGGAGCCCUAGUCACCAUAUACAGCUGUUUUCCUCACACUUUAAUCACUGCUUCUUAUGUUGAGGUGUAACUAGGUUUCUUCUAAACUAUGUUCUCUAGUAUAAUAUCAGAACUUAGAUAAGGAUUACGGCUGUACUUUAUCCUGAAGUCUAUUUAUGGCAACAAAGACAAACAAACCAAGAGAAUAUGCCAUAUGUUGGUUAAAUAUGCACUUAGUCUAGACGAGAAAGGACAGAAUUUAUCGACAAAUGAUCGUAUGUUGUCUAAGAGCGUAGAGAGCAGAAUGAGGUUUUCAUGGUUAGGUUACUGUGUAAGUGUGUGCAGUCUCUUGUAAUUUGUUUUCUUAUACAACUAAAGAGUAAAGCUGCCUUAAAUUUUGUAUCUUAAGUUAAGAACAUUUGUCCUAGAAUGUCCCAAAUGUGUUUCCAAAACCUUUUUUUUUUUCAACAUGUGGGUAUGGACAGUUUAGCUAAAUACAAGCAUUGUUUGCAUGUUUAAAUCGUCUCUACAUGCUGCAAUAACAGUUGUAUUUAAAGCAAUAAUUAUUGAAUUGAAAAGUAAAAACUCUACUCUAAGCAAAUACUAAGUUUCUAGUUCAGAAACUUAGUCAGAACUGAUGGCUUAAUGAUAUUAUAAGAAACGAAUGUGUUACAGACCUUUAUCAUUAUUUAUUAUACUCUUGCUGAUGCAGUUUCAUAUGUGAAGGGUUUUUAUUUGCAUAAUGUUUGAUUGCUUAAAUUUUUUAUUUUUUUUUUCGUAACUUUAAUGUUAUAAUUGGUGAAAUUAGCUAAAUUUCACAGGCAAAAAAAGUCCAUUGUUUACUGGCAAUGGUGUCACAAGCACAGUGCACACAGAAAUCACUUUCGAACCAAGCAGAUUUCUGUGAAUCUGCGUAACCAAUUUGAACUCAUUUUGCGAAAUCUGCUUGGGGAAAUCUUUUGCUCUGAUGUGAAUGUAUGUAUUCAUAUUGAAACUGUUUGCUAUAUUCUCUUAAACCAAACAGCUUCCUGUUGGCCGACUCAUGCCACCUCACAGGAAAUUCUCGUUCAUGGAUUCCUGUCGAGAUAAUGGCAUUUUGCCUGCAGAAUUAAAAGUAAAAGCUACAGAGGUAAAAACCUUACCCUAAAAAGGUAAAACCUUUUUUCACCAUGAUUUGUGUUUUAUUUGACACUUGUACAGUGACGAGUCCUUUAUUUUACUUACAUUUGUAAAUAAUUUCAGGUUUACAUCAAGAUAUUGUUGUCCUGCAGCACUUUAAUGCUCACUGUGUAAAUGUGGUGUAUGCUGGAAAAUAUACUUUAUGAUACUUUACAUUUAAUCUUUUAUGGUGUGUAAUCUGUUGUCAUGUCAUAUUGUUCCGGUUCCACAUAAAAACAUGGACGUUUACAUGUUCUGGUAUUUUAUCUUUGGGGAUACCUUGAAUUUAUUUGCAAGCAUAAAAAUAAAUCGGUAUUAUCUUCUCUGUUUAUAUGGCUAUGCUGGAAUAUUCUACACUGCUUACAUGUGAGGUGAUUUUGCAUGUAUGAAAUAUCAGAGUUUAGUCUUCCCUUGUCAGCCGCUGCAUGCACUGGGUGUUCUGUCUGUGCUUUUCCCAUUUUUACAUUUACGUGGAAUCAUCACAACACUGUGGACCGUAAUAAGUCAACUUAGUUCCUGUUAUGUGUUUAGGUGCCGCCACUGUAAAAGGAUCAUGAGACUUCAGAACUGUGUUCUGUGAAUGUUUGCCUACAUGAAAUCAAUAAGUGAUGUACAUAUGUGGUGUGAAUAAUAAGAAUAUAAAUUAAAGACUACUUUUAUGAAUUCAAA